ACUAUGAAGUCUAAAGCCCAUCGUGCUCAGAAUCCAAAUUGCAGCAUAAUGGUAUUUCACCCAACCAAAGAAGAGUUUAGUGAUUUUGAUAACUAUAUUGCUUACAUGGAAUCUCGGGGUGCACACCGAGGAGGCCUGGCCAAGGUCAUCCCACCCAAGGAGUGGAGGGCCAGACAGAGCUACGAUGACAUGGAUGACUUCUUGAUAGCCCACCCCCUCCAGCAGGUGGCCUAUGGCGGGGCAGGUGUCUUUACUCAGUUCCAUAGAAAGAGGAAAGCCAUGACCCUGAGACAGUACCGCCAACUGGCCGCCAGCACAAAAUACCAGACCCCAGCGCACCUGACUUUUGAAGAGUUGGGGCAAAAGUACUGGAAGAGCCUUGCCUACGAUGCCCCGAUCUACGGCGCUGGCAUCAGCGGCUCUCUGUUUGAUGAGAACACGGCACACUGGAACCUCAGGCGCCUGGGCUCGCCUCUGGACCUGCUGGCACAGGAGUGCGGCGUGGUCAUCGAGGGAGUCAACACGCCCUACCUGUACUUUGGCAUGUGGAAGACCACGUUCGCCUGGCACACGGAGGACAUGGACCUGUACAGCAUCAACUACCUGCACUUCGGGGAGCCCAAAACGUGGUACGCGGUGCCCCCGGAGCACGGGCGGCGCCUGGAACGCCUGGCCGGGCAGCUGUUCCCGGGCAGUUCCCGCAGCUGCCAGGCCUUCCUGCGGCACAAGGUGGCCCUCAUCUCGCCCAGCGUCCUGCGGCAGAACGCCAUCCCCUUCCGCCGCGUCACUCAGCAGGCUGGCGAGUUCAUGGUCACCUUUCCCUACGGCUACCACGCGGGCUUCAACCACGGCUUCAACUGCGCCGAAGCCAUCAAUUUCGCCACCCCGCGCUGGAUCGAGUAUGGCAAAGUGGCCUCUCAGUGCAGCUGCGGGGAGGCCAGGGUCACCUCUGACAUGGACCCCUUCGUUCGUAUCCUGCAACCCGAGCGCUAUGAGCUGUGGAAGUGCGGCCAAGAUCGGACGGCCCUGGACCACACGGAGCCUACGGCACGCACCAGCCCGGAGCUGACCAGGUGGAAGCAGGAUCGCGGGCUCUGGAGGGCAGCACGAGGCUUGGCUUCCAAACUUGCUAGGUCCCUGGCUGCAGGCGAUGGUACUCGCUGCAAAGCUCCCCAGCGCCUACGGGCUGCCGGGGAAUCUACAGCACAGCCAGCGGGCAUUGCCCACAGUUCCAGGAAACCACAGGCAGCCCCGCGGACUUCACUGGGUCCCUGUGCCCCAGAGGUCCUCUCAACUGUCACACGUGGCUGUCGGCGUCGCUCUAGGGAACUGGGGCUGCAGGAGCCAAGCCUCCAGUCGCCAGCAAAGAGGCGCCUCUCGGUCAGAACAGGGCGCACAGCUGCGCGCUCCCAGCCUCAGUCCUCACCUGAGCGUGGUAUCUUGAUGGUCAAUCCUGCACCAAGCCUGGGGCCGCAGCUCCCCGCUUAG